AUGUUGGCGAAGAGCCCAGAUAUACAAGCUAUUGGCCCCGCCAGCAGAGAUUUGUUAAUGAUUAGUACAGAGUCGCUACUUGGAGUUUUUUUUCUCUUUGCCCGCGAAAGACGCUGUGGCGAAGCAAAGAUCAAGGGUGUCAAUGCGGGUAUCGAUAAUACAUGUCAGACUUGUGAAUCUUCGGGGAGAGAAUGUUCCUAUCCUAUUCCUGCUCCGGGAGGAGGUACAGGUGGCACGAAACGUGACAUUGCGGCCUCCGGGGAUGGGGAUGAUCGGAAUGGCGAGUGGGACAGCCCCAAGCGUCAGCGUUCAAGGAAAUCCACGAAUGCUACGACCUCAGGCGCAAAAGAUGCCAUUAAACCAACCAGCAAUGUCCUCGACUCGCCCAUCUUGACCGUGAAAGUAUGGGAGACCUUGUUCGAAUUCUUUCAGCUUCACUUCUCCACUCUCCUACCGUUCUUGCACCCCACGGCCUUCCUCACCCAGAUCCGUCAGCUCUCCUCGAGCUCAGCACAGCAGGAUGGUCAACCAUCCGGUGACCACUCGCAGAGCCCAGGUCCAGCUUCAGAGACUUCUCCAUUGGUAUUGCUGGGCGUCCUGACCCUGACUGCUCGGUUCCACCCACAGCUGACUAGCUACCACUGUCCGCCAUCACCUGUUGCCCCAUGCAACCCUCUUGUAGCCUCUGAAUUUUACGCGAACGCACUGCGAUCUAGACUCUCGGGAACCUAUGGAGCGGAUCUUACCUCCACCGACAUCAGUCGGGUUCAGGCGCUCCUAAUGCUAAGCUUACACGAAUGGGGGAUGUGUAGGGGUAAAAAUGCUUGGGUUUACCUUGGGAUGGCAAUCAGACUGGCUCAGGCGGCGGACUUGUCAUUUGAACAGGAGAAUGAUCAGCCCCAACAGAGGACGCCUCUGCCGGGAAUGCUGAAUGCGGAAGUAGAACCACACGAUCAGAGAGGACAUACUUCGGACGAUGUGAUUGAACAGGAGACUAGACGUCGGACCUUCUGGAGUUGUUUUAUGCUGGAUCGAUACCUCAGUAGUGGCAAGUAUCGUCCACGAGUGAUCAAGAUUCGGGAUGUAGAGAUCCAGCUUCCAAGCGACAACGCGUUUGCUUUCGGAGAGAGAGUCAGAACCUCACGUUUGAACGACGGCUUAAAACACCGUUUUCAAAUUAUGAGUCUCGCGGCAUUCAGAUUCCCAGUCUACGAAAUACCACCGCGGCGAGAUAACGGAAAACAGCUUGAUCAACACCCUCCGUGGCAUCCCGAUUCCCGCUUCAGCCCCCUUCGGCAACUUUUAGUCGAGUUCCAUGACGGUCUGUCCCGCAAUCUACAGUACACGCAACGCAAUACCGAUACCCAUAUUAUGUACAAGAACAGUUUGGCACCCUACUCACUUAUCCACAUUCUCUACUUCCUAUCCGUAAUCAUACUGCAUAGAGCUUACCUGCCAUUCCUGCCAUUACGGUACCCUGAUCCGCAGGGGCCUCUUGACGAGCCCUGUUAUCCCUUUGAUAAAUACCUUGCACCCGAGGCGUUCUGGCGCGAAAGUGCUCGGGAAUUGUUCAAUGCAGCACGCCAGAUGACGGAAUUGGUCAAAACAUGUCAGGAACGGGGUGUAUUAAUGGAAACUCCUGUGGUCGGCUUUGCCAUCUACAAUGCUGCGCUGGUUGGUGUUUACGCUGCCCACUUUAAUCAGAUGGACCAAGAGGGUUACCUUUGUUCGAAACCGGGCUCGACAGAUGUUGUUCCAGGGUUGGGAUGCCAAGGACAAGUUGACGUACGAAGAAUCAUUGAGAUUUUAGGGGAGAUGAGGCCGCGGCUGAAAAUGGCUGGUGGUUGGUUCCGUACUAUUCAUCGCGUACAUGGCUAUUUUACCAGGGCCAGACGGGAUCUCAAGCGAAAUCCCCGGCAGCCGGACACUCUAAAUACCGGAACCGGUUCUGAAAACGAUAUUCGAACUAGUAACGGACGGGCUUACGGUGUCCGAGAACUAGGGCAUACAGGAUCAUCUGACGAACUGAAGCUCUUGGACAAACUCUUUCUAGACCUUGGUAACGCAGAAGAUCAGGUAGCAGAAAACAAUGGACCAGAUGAAGAUAGCACAACAGGUUCGGCGAAUUUAGUGGAACGAAAGCCCAGCGACGUUGGCAGUACUGCCGUGAAAAGCGAAUCAGCGGAUGGUUUGGAUUCUCAUGCUGAUGGAGUGUCUAGUACGCGCAGAGAAUCAUGGGUACCCGUCAAAUAG